AUAUCAUAGAGCUAUUACAGAUAGAGGGAGGGAGUCAACGAAGGACGCGAUAUAGCCGUAGAAAGAGAACGCUGCAAUAGAGGCCGGUGUGUCAUUGUCUCAUAGCGCAUGCGUAUUAGGUACUGCGUGCGCCUAACUGCACUAGUUCAGAGUGCAUCUCUCUCUUUCUACAUGCUUUUAUAAGAAAGAAAGAGACACACUCUGCCUACAAGCGCACACGUUACGCGCAUGCGCGUGACUGUUAGACAGUGACACACCGGCCUCUAUUGCAACGUUCUCUUUUUAUCCCACUAUCGCAUGCGCUUACACGUCGUCCCAUACCUACUUCCCUCUAUCUGUAAUAGCUCUAUGUCCUAUAUAGUCAAAGGUUUGCCCUCCCUCGUAGCGACGCACAGUGACGAUCAAGCGCAAACGAGAAACAUAUCUUCGUAAUGGAGUAACCGGAGUAACCCCCACCAUUAAAAAUUCGAUGUUUCCAUACCUGUACGUAAGACCGUGGGUGGGAGCUUCCCGGGUAUCUUGAUUUAAGGUUAAGUGAACGAUAGAUUUUAUUUGUAUAUUUACAACGAUUCAUUAUGAAGGAGAGUGAAUAUGAAGAGGAGCGAUAAGUUCGUAAUAACGAUUCCUAUUUGUUCGUUAGUGAAUUUACGAUAAAGCCGCUGUAGGUCCUUCUACAAAUGCCGAAGAGAUAUUCUGCGAAGCUGAUAUUAAUCCUAUUUCAACAGGGUGUUCUGUCUACUACAAACUGGCAAUCGUCCCCGUAAUGUGGUAGAAAUUGUAUAAUGUUCUAACAUUACCAAUGGAGACUAAAGUGACUAGUAAAACCAGCAGCUUAAAAGCUCUCUUGCUGCGAGCUUGGCGAGAGCGCUGGACUGAUUUGCAAUGGGGUAUUAAUAUCAAAACUAUUUUGCCAAGAGGAGUAAGUGGCGAUGUCUAUAACUUGGCGGAUUGUAUAUUACAACAAGCGUUAGUGGGACCAGGACCUAAUCAAUUAGUGCUGUCGUAUCUGAAGCAUUCGUUAAGCUCUCAGUUGGUGUCGUACGCAGCGGUGUUGCAGCGAAUAAGUAAAUACGACGCGUUUCACAAGCCCCACUGCAUCGUGAGUCUGCUGGAGUUCCUGGAGUCCAUACAAGCCGGUAUCACGUGCCGCGGUAAACCGGAGGAGGACCUCUUGGCCGCGGCGGUCCUGUCCAUUGUACAUUGGCUCUUGCAGUGCUACUUGCACACCCUGACAAAGGCGCCCCAGAGUAAUCCUCUCACUCCACACCCGAGCGAACUCAUAGACAAGCCUGCUAGUAUUUUGCAACAGAUGCUGAACUCGGACUUUCUAUGCGCGAUGAUGUAUCUGGCUAAGCACGACGACAAAGAUUUAUAUGUAGAAGUUGUGAAGAAAUGCCAGGAGAUCGAGGCAUUACUGAAGACAAGCACCCAGAAGUCCGUGGUACCAAUAGAGGACUCCUUGAAAAAGUUGUGCAAUUUGGAGCUUGAGAGUCUCUGUCCUGAGAAGAUUAAAAUGGAGUCCAUUACCCACUGCCUGCAGCCGCUCUUUGCCGUUCAAGUACUGCUGAACCCGAGCACCGAGACGACCGUGUUCGUCAACCAGCUGUUGAUGGUGCAGCGAUUAAAGAGCUAUACAAACGCGCGGCUUUACUGCGAGAUCAUCCGCGCCUGCCUCAUGUGCCUGCAUAAUGUAACGGGAACAUUCAAGGAAUCACAGUGGGGCGCUUUCACGUUUCUGAAAGUGCCUCACAUACUGAAGGAACUACACGUGGCUAAUCUGAAUGGUGACGAAAAGUUUGAGUACUCGCAAGAUAUUCUGGAUGCCUUUGAUCUGCUGCUCCAGUUCACGCCUCUGCUCGACAUAAUGGAUACCGCAUGUUCGUGCAAUUACGUAGAAUGCUUGCUGAAUGAGUUGCAGAAGGUAAACCUUGUGACGGAAAAGCAAGCGAAGCAAAUAGGCGCCAGGAGUGAUCGUUCCAGGGAGGGGACGACCACGACGUCGUCAAUUCCGAAGGUAAUUGUGCGCGCGGGGCAGACAUUAAACGGAAUCUUGAGGACGCUGAACGCCGAUUACGCAAAAAUUCAGGAAGGCUUGUUGAGUGUGCUUUACCAAGUCUUGACGGGUAAGAGCUUCGAACUGAUGCUGGCUGUGGCGACCGUGGAGGGAGAACUGAAGACCUUCGUCACGAAACUCAUCAAGUUUAACGAGUGUAGUAAACAGAUCAACGAGCCUGUGCCCGACAAGACGGCAGCCACGAGAGCAAUGUUAUUCGAUGUAUCGUUUCUCAUGUUGUGCUCUAUAGUCCAAACGUAUGGCUCUGAUGUUGUCCUAGAGGAAGGCGGAGAUUCGUUCUUUGAGCAAUGGGUGCGCGAAUGCAUGCUUGAGCGGAACAAGCUCAAGUCGCCACAGAGGAUGUUGCAGAGCGUCGAUCCGGCGAGGGUGGACGCCCUACUGGCGCAGAUUAAUUCGCCGGAUCCGGACUUCAAGUCGAGUAAUUUGAAAUGGCACGUCGCAUGCCAGUCGGCGAUGGGCGCGGUGAAAGAGUUGCUCUGCGCGUGGGAGAGCGGGGUGCUGGGUGCCGGCGACGUUAAAAGGGCCCUGGAUGGUCUGCGAACGACAGCCUGUUGUUUGCCGGUGUGUGCCGCCGCAUGGCUCUGCGCGUACAUGAGUAUCACGCACCAGGAUGCUCUGCUGAAACCCAUGAACAUGGUUCAGCACUUCUUAACGCCGUUGUCGGGUGACGAGAUGCAGGACAAUCUUAAAGACAGGUCCAGCUUAAUGUUCCAAAUUAUUCGGAAAAUGCAGUACGAUGUGCACCCGCCUACACAGUCGAAAACAAAGGUGCUCUCGAUGUCCCACAGUAUUAUAUCGCGGCAACCGAUAUUGGAGCAGUUGGAAUCAGUUUGGCAGAACAUAAAUCAACGUGGAUGGAUAAACAUACAAGCCACGCAAUCAUUGGAGUCUCUGCUAAAUACCGGCGGUUCCUUAUGGUUCGUUACAAAUAUAGUCAAGGAAGUGCUCAAAUAUCGCUAUCAAGUAGAACUGGAUCAAGCUGUGGAUUUGGCCUUCGCGAUCUUCCAUCUUGACAUAGAGAACUGCACUUUGGAUCUCAUAAAUCACAUAAUACCGCAAUAUCUGCACAACUCGUUGAGUGACGAGCUUGUGGAACCGCAGUCAUCCAUUCUAGCGAAAUUGUGUGUGUACUGCAUAUUCUCCACUUUGGAGUACAACAACUCUAAUCCAUAUCGAGGGAACAACCGUAAGCGUGUACGACGCGACCUGGAUGCGGAUGAUCUGGACGCGCUCGGUGUAUCCAACAAGCUGCUACGACUGAACGAGACGGGCGAGAACGUUCCAAUGUUCAGCUCGCAGAGUCCGCAGGCGCAAAGUUCGAGUAACGGGCAAAAGUCGGUCAUCGUUCUCAGGGAUCCGCUUAUGACGGCGUUGAACAAUCUCUUCACCAUAUUCGCCUUUCUGGCUGGUAGAGACGGCGAGGUGUCCCAACAGACUCAUUUUAUACUCCAGUUCCUACGACUCAUGGUGCAGUGCGGGAAAGACAGGACUCGCAUCGUGCUGCAGGGAAUGUCACAAACGCUAGUACCUUGCCUUCUCAAAGCACUGCCCGAAUUAUUCACGACUGACAUUCUCCUGAGAUUGUACGACAUACAAACCACGAUUGGUCGCAAGGCCACCGCGCGAGAUUUGUGCAUGUUGCGAAAUAUUAAUCUGAAGCCCACUAAAUAAAAAAAAUUAUCGUAAUAUAGAAAAUGUAUCUUCAUAGGUAUGGUAUUGACGAACACAAGUACAUCAAUUUUAUAUAUACAAAAUUCAUAUAAUGUACAAAUAUUAUUCUCCGAAUUCUUAUUGCACUCUUGUACUGCUAUAUUAGCAGGACAACUGACAAUGAUAAUUAGAGUACUUGUACUGAGCGCCUGUAAUAUUUUAACAGUUUAUAAAAGAAGAUUGUCGUUGGGCAAUCCUUUCCGCUAUGAUUUAUAGGUUAAUCAUAAUAAACGGAAAUAAAUAAUGAUGUUCAAUAAUUGUUGAGUCAAUCAUACUUGUAUGAUAAGUAUUGAUAAAAUUAAUACUUAUCGCACAAAAUAUCAUGCUCGUGACAUUUGUUAAAAUUAUGUUCUCAAUAUCUAUGUCCUUGCUACAACGAGUUAGGACGAAAUAUCUGAAGGUGAUACAGUCACUUUGAGAAUAUUUUUAGAAGAUUUAAUAAAUUUACAGUUCAAUAGCACUUAAAGAAAUAAAAAUUUAUAAUUUAUAAGUUCUACUUAAAAAUUGUGUCAAAAAUCAAAGUUAUCACGAUUUUUUAAAUAUUUUUUUUCCAUGGACUCCCCUCAUCUAUGACGCCUAGUUGUUAAAGUAUGUAUAAAACAAAUGUCGAACUUACCAAGUGUGCUAAAAUUAGAAAAUAUAGUAAAUCAUAGAUAAGGUAUCUAAAUAUGAUCAUUUAAAAACAUGAUAAGUAAUGUAGUACGUCUGCGUUUAAAGAGCUAAAAUUUACACAAGUAUUUUUAUAAAUAAAGAUUAUUACGUGAUCA